AUGGGCAUCUCGGGCCUUCUUCCUCUCUUGAAGUCCAUUCAGAAGCCAUGCACUCUCAAGAAGUUCGCAGGCCAGACCAUCGGUGUCGACGCAUAUGGCUGGCUCCAUCGCGGCACCGUGGCUUGUGCUAUUGAACUAGUCCAGGACAAACCUACAACCAAAUAUGUCGAUUUCGCAGUGGGACGAGUACGCAUGCUUCUGGACUUCGGAAUCACACCAUACUUGGUCUUUGAUGGUGACAGCUUACCCAGCAAAGCCGAUACCAAUGCCCAGAGACGCAAGAGGAGGGAAGAGAGCAAGGCGGCUGGUCUAGAGCUGCUGCGUGCUGGCAAGACAGCUCAGGCCCACCAAGAAUUGCAGAAGGCUGCUGCAGUCACGCCCUACAUGGCGAAGCUGUUGAUCGAGCAGUUGAAGCAGUUGGGAGUCCAGUAUCUUGUGGCACCGUACGAAGCAGAUGCACAGCUAGUCUAUCUUGAGCAGAAGGGUAUCAUUAACGGCAUUCUAUCCGAGGACUCUGACAUGCUUGUCUAUGGCGCCAAACGCCUCAUCACCAAGCUCAAUCAAUACGCGGAAUGUGUCGAGAUUGAACGGAUCAAUUUUGCCCUCUGCAAAGAGAUCAGUCUGACAGGUUGGACCGAUGCCAUGUUUCGUCGGAUGGCCAUUCUCAGUGGCUGCGAUUACCUUCCAAGCAUUGAGAAAAUGGGUCUCAAGACGGCGUAUCGCUUUGUGCGUAAGUACAAGGACGCUGAAAAGGUCAUCCGAAUGGUGCAAUUCGAGGGCAAGCUGUCCGUACCUGCCGAUUAUAUUGCGAGCUUUCAGAACGCCGAGCUCACUUUCAUACAUCAUCGUGUCUUUUGUCCGGAACGCCGUCAGAUGGUUUUCAUGGAAGACUUGCAACGUGGUAUGAAAGAGGAAGAUAUGCCUUACCUGGGCAAGUUCGUGGACCCAGACACCGCCGUCGGUGUAGCAUGUGGAGACCUCGAUCCGAAGACGAAGCAGCCAUUCCGAAUCACACAGACCCCUAGACCCGCGCUGCGAGACCAUCGACGACAGACUGUAGCAACAUCACGCGAGCUCAAGCCCAACAAGUCCCUUGACUCGUUUUUGAUCUCGCGGCAGCCAUUGGCGGAACUGGAUCCGAACAGCCUGACGCCGUCUCCUUCACAGCAGCGACUCUUGGAGCGGCAUCGGAACGCUUCAUGGGAGCCUCGUAUAGUGUCUUCUGCGCCACAGCUCAGAACGUCAACGAGCAUGACAACAGCAUCAUCAACACGCACUGACCGCAACGCAUUCCUUUCACGGGCAUCUGCAAUAUCUUCUUUCCAGGCUCCUAAAAGACAAAGACUGUGCUCAGAUGCCCAAGACCCGUCCCCAACCAAAGAAGUCAAACGAAGUCCCUUCUUUGCUACUCCAGCUCCGCAGCAGAGCCCAUCCGCUCAGAAGCAGGCUCGUAUCAAAAAGUCUCGUCGAGCCGCAUUCGAUGUUUGGUCGGACGACUCGGUGGAUGACAUCCUGCUUGGCCUACCUGAUGUUCAGCAGGCAGCGAGCCCACAGAAGAAAGUUGCUGAAGUUCCAGAUAUAGAGUGUGUGAAGCCACAAGAAGACGGCGACGAUGAGGGACAGAGCUUAAUUCCACAAUCUUCACCCGCCGUGGGCUCAGCAGCUUUGCCAGACGAUGUUGAACAUGAGCCUGGAACUCCUUGCCUAGGGGCUCGCUCUCCACGCUCUGGGGCAGAAGUGGCAGACGCGGAAGUUGCGCCGUUCGAAGACGUUCUGGAGUCGCAUGUUCGAAUGCAGAAGGAGCUGAAGACCUUUGCUUAUCAGUCUCCAUCUAAGCGGGACGCAGCCCUAAGGACGCUGCCGCCUCCGAAAAGAGCCAGCGCGUCUGAAAAGACAGUCGGCGCACAAUCGCCUGAGCAACAACUCUCUGCUCUAGCAACCCUGCCUGCUGCCGGAUUCGUCAACGACUUGUGUUCUAAGCUUGGCCCAGCAUCGAAUUCACGAGAUCAGCCUGACAAGUCAACUACGAUCGUCGUCCACAGCCCGAAAGCCCGUCCAGACUGCGCCGCGGAGACGGGGCUGAAUGACGUGUCAACCGAAACCAUCAUCCGGUAUCCGGAGCUGCCAUCAGGCACAGCCGACCUUCCACCACUCAGAGGCAGUGAGGAUGCCAUGAUCCCUAAUAGCGAGGAUGAGGGUUCCGAACUUGGGGACGUGACACCGACACUCGACUUGAGCUCUUUUACCUUCGUUCCAACAUAG